CUGCACCCGUCUCCAGUUUCGUGAAAGCGCGCGGCGGCGAGAGGAGCGGAAGCGGCGACCGGCGACAAGCAGAGAUGGCCGGCGGUGUCGCCGCCGCGUCGGCGCUUUCGAGCCCCUGGAAGGCGCUGCUCCAGCGAGCGUUGGACGCCAACGCGCACCUCAGGCACUCCACCUACUUCCAACUCGCCACGGUGGGCGCCGGCGGCAGGCCCGCGAAUCGCACCGUCGUGUUCAGGGGUUUCCAGGAACACUGUGAUAAGAUUCAGAUUAACACGGAUACCCGAAGCAACAAGAUUGGUGAGAUAAGUAUUUGUCCCUUCGGAGAGAUUUGUUGGUACUUCACAGACAGCUGGGAACAAUUCCGUAUCAGCGGAAGCAUAGAUGCAAUUGAUGGCUCCAGUGCAGACCCUGCCAAGCUCCAGCACAGGGAGAAAGCUUGGUUCGCAAGCUCUGUAAAGUCAAGAUUGCAGUACUUAGGACCUCAGCCAGGUAUUCCUGUUGUAGAUGAGGAGCAAGCUAAGGAUGUUCAUCUUGAACCAUCAGCUGGCCCAGUAGAUGCCUUUUGCCUUCUUGUUCUUGAUCCAGAAAAGGUUGAUUAUUUGAACCUAAAAAGCAACCAAAGGUUGAUAUUCACAAGAAGGCAAAAGGAAAAUGGCUCCAGUGAUUGGAUGGCUGAAAAAGUUAGCCCGUAAUCUGCUGUUAGAAGUUUGUUUGCGAACUUCUCGAAGUAAGAAAAAAAAACUAUCAUGAUUCCUUUUUUUUAUUUGCGAGUGUCAUUUAUACAUUUGAGAUCUUUUGGAUGCUCAUACAUUUGAGAUAUCAGGAAUGCUUUGUUAAAAUCAUGGUGAUUUGUUAUUUAUUAUACCUGAACAUACAGGUAGAAUGUAAUAUUGACAACUACUGUCAAUAAAGGGAUCUUCACAUAUCCAAGAAAUCUUACCCAGCAAUUAGCUUGUUAUGGAUACAUGUACUGUUUUGUUUAUCUUUGCUCUCAUCAGCGUGUAGGAGCUAUUGAUAGCCAAUAAGAAAGUUGUUAUCUUAUAUGCAUGAUUGGUAGCUUCCCUUUGGAAACUUAUAGAAGAUAAAGACUGUAUGGUUCAAUUGAAGAAGAUUGGAAUUCAAAGGUUGUACAAGGAUUUGAAAUUCAUCAGGAAGGCCGUAGGGGUGAACUCAUUGACUUAUCAGAUAAUGUAAUCCUAUUCUGUAUUCGAAGUAAGGAGGAUGGGUGGUUAAUGUU